ACUGCACUGGUUAUUUAUGGAGAACCUCCACGCUUUGUCGAGCGUUGGAGUUCAUAUACAAGUUUUGGUCCCAUGUGUGCAGGUGCAAGGGUCUGCAUAGACUAGAGUGAGAGUAGUGUGCUGGUACCUGGUAGUGCCUAGCUAUAGCUCUCAAGAGUGAAGGCAGACUUGUUUCCAAGGUGAUCUUGCGACAUGACAAUGGCGGCCGGAAGAGAUCAUCAGAGGGUCGAAGGGGUGAGGCAGUACAACAGGUCCAAGGUGCCUCGCCUCAGAUGGACGCCCGAUCUCCACCGCUGCUUCGUCCACGCCAUACACAACCUUGGAGGCCAGUACAGGGCUACGCCUAAGAGAGUUUUGCAACUGAUGGGGGUGGCAGGGCUCACCAUAUCUCAUGUCAAGAGCCAUCUACAGAUGUACAGGAACAUGAGGGGUAAUGAUCUUGACAUGAUGCAAGGCAUUCAGCAAAUGGAUCAGCAGCACACAUUCGCAGGAGGCAUGGAAGUUUGGACAGAUAUGCAGCAAGUUCAUCAUCAUACUGAGUACUGUGAUGGACCCUGUUGCAGGUGCCACUCUCCAAAGCAUACAAAGGGGUCACUGCUCCACCACCCCCAACUGAAAAGGCCAUCUGGGAUGGAGACCACACAGGAGGCAGGAGCAAGCCCCCAAAAAAACUCGGUCAGGGGCCAAGGAAUAUGCGAGAGGGACGUGACCUCGGGCGCGUACUGCCUCGCCGCUGCAGGCCAAGCAUACUACUACUACGCCCACUGCAUGCAGACGACGACGACGCACGAGCAGGGCCACCACCUGCCGCCGCGCUCCCGGACAUGGCAGCGCACACCUGCAGCAGGCGGUGGUGGCGAACAAUCCGCUCGCCCCGGCUGCACGCUCGCGCCGCGGGAGCCGGAGCGGGACCUCGCCGCGCCGAGGCGUGGUGGUGGUGGUGGUGGUGGUGGUGAGGAGCGGACCGGCGAGCUGCUAGCCCACGGCCACCACGGUGUCGCGCCGGCGGGUCACGGGACGGCGGUGGAUGGGGGCGACGGCGAGCUGUCUCUGUCGUUGAUGCUGGAGCUGGGCUCGGGGCGCCUCGGCAGGAGCGGCGUGGGGCAGUGCUGCACCGACAACAGCGGGCAGGGCAGCUUCCUGACGUCGUCAUCGUCGAGUCUUGGCGGCUCCUGCUCGGGCCGGCGCCGCGCCGGUGUUAGCCUGGACCUGUCCCUUUCAUUGUACAACUGAAACCGGCUAACGAGGGGUCGAAAGCAUGGAUGCCGGUUUCGAAGAGAUGGCCUAUUGGUGUACCGAUCCUAGUUUGUAUGUGCACGUUUGGACGUUUGGACCUCACGGGCGGGCCGCGGUCACCGGGCGCGUGCGCGUGCGCGUCGCGCACCGGCACGAGUGGCGCGUGCUCUGCUACCCUGGCCUGGGGCUCCCGCCCCUCGCUGUGGGCACGCAACAGCUGCAGCGCGAGUUCCACCAGCUUAUGCCUUGUUCGGUUAGCCAGUGUUUGAAGAGGUCUGAGAGGGAUUGAAGGGGAUUGGAGCGUGGGGAUUAACGGAUCGAACAUGGUCUUAGGGAUCGCAAUGAAAGAGGCGCGGUGAUUCUGCUACCACGGCAAAUGCUCCGGGGUGUGAACAAUAGAAUUGUUUAAAAUAACAGAAACACUAAAAAGUAAAAAAGUAAUGGGAAACGUUCGGAACGGUGCGCCGGUCGAACGAUUCGGCCUGUCCCGCGUGCGUCGCGCGAUCCCGUGCAUGGACUCUCCCUUCCUUUUAUACUGCGAGGCGUCAUUUUUUGUUGUAACUGUAAUUUUUUUGCUACUACCGACAUGAUUUUGGCUGCAAACAUUGGUGAUUGUUGCUACAUUUUGUCCAUUAAAAAGUUGCAUUCAAGUUUAGUUGUAACCCGAGUUUGUCAGAUUUUUUGCUACAACCGUGUUAAAUUUUGCUA